AUGGCAUUGCUACAGGAGAUGGACAAGAAGUACAAUGUGCUUAUUGAGAAAUACGAGGGCCAAGUCAGGAUCAAUGAAGAAUUAAGAAGCGAGCUGAAGGAGAUAAAGGUGGAAUUAAACAAAAGAGAUCAGAAAGAAAUUAAUCAAAAUAUGUUAAUUUUUGGCAUUCCGCCCAAAGAGGACGAAGACUUAACCAAUAUCGUGAAGAAAGUUGGACAAGAACUUCAGGUUGAUUUGAACGCUGAGCGAUUUACUGCGGUUAGGAUGGGGAAAAUGGGAGGUGAUGCAAACAAAAACCCUGUCAGGAUCAGGUUUGAGAGUAUUGAGCUCGUCAUUCCGCCUUAUAACCAGAACAAAGCGGAAAAAAAAGAUUUAAGAGAAGUUUAG